UGAAGAUGUUGACGAGAGCUGUUGUACUAUUCACGCUCAUCGUUGGCACUGCAAACGCCCAAACGACAUACACCGGAUGCCACAAUCACUCCGAGCAAGGUGCCAGCGUUGAGUACUGCUUCGGUCCAGAUGGAUCUGAGAGUGCUCGGGCGACAUAUGCGGUCUCUGGAACUGCGACGCUACCGGUGUCUGCAAGUGCAACUGUAACUGCAACGGGGACCGUUCAGACGACUGCUGUGACCGACUGUCAUUCGCAUGAGACUGCGAUCUUCUGUAUCAACGGAGCCGGCAAUGAGGUCCAGGUAGAAGCAACGCCAACCGGAGAGAUUCCGUCUCAGUACACUGGAUGCCAUUCUCACGGCGCUGAGAUCUAUUGUCUCGAUCCCGCAGGAGAAGAGGUCACCAUCCUUUCGGAAGAGAGCAGCACUGCCAGUGAAGCAGCUGGUAGCGCUGGAGCCGAGGAAGAGAACCAGCAUUGUCAUUUUCAUGCCGGGGUUGAGCACUGCACUGGACAUAGCGAAAGUGAAGGGUUGUCGUGUGGUCUGCAAGAACGCGAGUACAAUGUCGGCCUUCGUGUCGGAACACUUUUCGUCAUCUUGAUUACCAGUGCCAUUGGUGUCUUCGCACCAAUGAUGUUCAACAAGAUCCCUGGCCUGAGGGAUACCAGCAUCGCGAUGACUAUGCUCAUGGUGGUCAAGCAAUUUGGUACAGGCAUUAUCAUCGCGACAGCCUUCAUCCAUCUGUACACACAUGCCGAGCUCAUGUUUUCGAACGAGUGUAUCGGAGAGCUGGGCUAUGAAGGCACGACUUCCGCAAUCGUCAUGGCCGGCAUUUUCCUCUCGUUCCUGAUUGACUACUGCGGUCACCGAUACGUCGCAGCAAAAGAGGCUCGAGGCAACUCUGAUUCCGCCGCCGUCAUCGACAACAAUGCUGCAGACAAAGGUAGUCCCAGUGGAGCUUCAUCGGACGAGGCCCAUCGCCACAUGCUGCUUGCCGUGGACCAUCAUCAUGGCGGUGGGGCGAACACCAAGCUGUCCGUGUCGGUGAUGGAAGCAGGUAUUCUAUUUCACUCGAUCUUGAUCGGCCUGACUCUGGUCGUCGCUGGCGAUAGCUUCUAUCGCACCUUACUCGUCGUGAUCGUCUUCCACCAAUUCUUUGAAGGUCUUGCCCUGGGGGCACGAAUUGCCCUUCUUCCAGGUGCUAUCUGGCCGGGAAAGUUCUUCAUGGCACUCGCUUUCACUUUGAUAACGCCUCUCGGCAUGGCGAUUGGCAUUGGCGUCCUCGAUAGCUUCAAUGGUAACAAUCCGGCUACGGUCAUCACAUUCGGCACGUUGGAUGCCCUUUCGGCUGGUAUCUUGGUUUGGGUGGGCGUGGUCGAUAUGUGGGCCAGAGAUUGGGUCAUUGGGGGAGCAGAACUGCUGCAUGCCAAUCUUCUCAAGACUUUGGGUGCCUUGUUCUCGCUCAUCUGCGGUAUGGUAUUGAUGGGCGUGCUCGGCAAAUGGGCUUAGCACGACUCCGUGCAGAUACUUGCCUAUACAUGAGACACGGGAUCUGCCGUGAGACUACUCUCCCAUAUUUCACUCGCUCCAUACUGCCACUCGGUCUUGGAGUCGUGAGUGCCUUGUAUAGGAGCAUGAUGCAGUUCAUGGUCAACGUCUGACCUGCCCCGUCCGCCAAGGCUUGGAAUCGCGCCUCGGCCCUGACUAAGCGUCGACUCAGCAGAUC